UGGCCUCUCGCCAAUUUAUAAUCUAAACCCGCAGACCUGACCUAUCUUUUACCACAUUUAUUUUGAAACUGAUGGCAUUAUGAUCACCAAAUGCAGAGUAAACAACAGGAAUUCUGCAGAUGCUGGAAAUUCAAGCAACAUACAUCAAAGUUGCUGGUGAACGCAGCAGGCCAAGCAGCAUCUAUAGGAAGAGGUGCAGUCGACGUUUCAGGCCGAGACCCUUCGUCAGGACUAACUGAAGGAAGAGAACAAAAUCCAUUCAUGGAGCAAAAGAAAACAAUUGUUGUGGAGUUACCAAUCGUGCAGCAAAAUAGCACUAAAGGUGUCUUUUUGAAAGGAGUAGACUAUCUGUCUGGCGAUAUGAAAGAAUUUGGUUCCUGGAUCAAAGAGCAGAACAUUAUGUUUCAAUUUAUCGACUGGGUCAUGCGUGGUGUUGCUCAGGUGAUGUUUGCCAACAAUCCUCUGAGUGGGCUUGUUAUUUUAAUUGGACUCAUUGUGCAGAAUCCAUGGUGGGCACUGAAUGGCUUCCUUGGGACAGUGUUCGCAACUUUGUCGGCACUUUUGCUCAAUCAUGACAGGUCCAUGAUUGCAGCAGGGCUUUCUGGGUACAAUGGCAUAUUGGUUGGUACUCUACUGGCUGUAUUUUCUGACAAAGGAGAUUGGUAUUGGGUGUUGUUGCUGGCUGUGAUCCUCAUGUCAAUGUUCUGCCCUAUUAUUUCCAGUGCCUUGGCUGCCGUCAUGGGAAAAUGGGAUCUACCAGUUUUCACGCUGCCUUUUAACUUAACUGUUGCUUUGUUCAUGGCUGCUACAGGACACUACAAUCAGCAUUUCCCUCAGGUUCUUAUUGAACCUGUACAUACAAUGCAAAAUAUUACAUGGUCUGAUCUCAGUAUACCUAUGCUCUUGAAAUCUGUCCCAGUGGGAGUUGGACAGGUGUACGGCUGUAACAAUCCCUGGACUGGUGGAAUUUUCAUUGUUGCAUUAUUUAUCUCAUCUCCAAUCAUCUGUCUGCAUGCUGUACUUGGGUCAUGUGUAGGUGUAUUGGCAGGAUUAUCUUUGGCUUCACCAUUUCAGAAAAUCUAUAAUGGAUUAUGGAGUUACAACUCUGUCCUUGCCUGCAUUGCAGUGGGUGGAAUGUUUUAUGCUUUGACAUGGCAGACUCAUUUCUUGGCAAUAAUAUGCUCAAUUUUCUGCGCUUUGUUAGGAGAAGCACUCAUGAAUAUGAUGUCUGUGUUUGGAUUACCUGCAUGCACUUGGCCUUUCUGCCUUUCCACAACUGUAUUUCUCCUAAUGAAGAGUAACCACAAAGACAUCUAUAAAUUAGCGCUAUGUGAAGUGACGUACCCUGAGAAGAACAGAAAGAUCUAUCUGGAAAUGAAGGAGACUGAACAAAUUUUGCCAAACGAAUUGUGUAGUGGCCCUCUCCUUUAUACAACAUCUCAAUCAAGAAUUAAUGAUCAAGUUGCUGAAGAAGAGAAGUUCACUGGGUCAAAUCAGAAAAGCGUUCUUCUUGUGACAAAUGUAGAUUUCAAGAUCUAUGAGGUAGAAGAAAUAUAAAAAGAAGCCAAGAAUGAAAGCCCAUCAACUAAAUUAAAAGUCAGAAUAGACAAAGCGGUGUACAGUAGGUAACAAUGUCUGAGCUAUCUGUAUUUCAUUUGUGAAAGCGAAGAUUCCCAUAAAAAACUUAUUCUAGUCAAAGGUGUGCAAAUGUCAGUUCUGAACUAAAGCUUUUGAUUCGUAAAUGUUGAUUAAUCCCUGACAAACAAUCCCCACAAAAUUACGCACAAUAGUGAAUUGAUAUUAUAUUGCAUCCUCCAUAGUCACUAAAUCUAGCAAUGAAUUUAGCAGCCAUGCAGUAGUUCAUUGUAAAAUAAUGGGAAAUGCAACAGCAAAUUCCCUUGCUCUUCAUUUAAACAAUAAGAUAAAAUUAAAGUUGAAAAGCUAGUACUUCUGAUAAUGUAGUAUUCCCUAAGUAUUUAGUAAUAAAGAAUUUUGCGCACAAGCAACUGAAAAAGAAUUUGUAAAUGUCUGAUUUGACAUUGAAAGUGCUCUCAACAGAACCAUGCAUAACACAGUGUUGUGUGUGAUAAAUAGCUGGAAACCAGAAUUUAAAACUCUAAUGAAAGGUAAUGCAUAAUUUUGUGAAAGUGAAACCAUCAUUUAGAAAUUGCUGGAGAUAUUAUCAAUUGACCACUUAAGACAUUCAUUACUUCAUUAAUUUUAUUGGUUAUUUUAAAUGGACUGGGUUGGAAAACUGAAUUUUCCUCAAACAGCUGAGCAGGAUAGGUCAAAUCAUCCUGGAGCAUUAAAAAUACAGAACAGAUUGAUAAAUGGAAUUGAAAUUCACAACUAAUGGAUAUUGGAAUAAAUUCAAUGCAACAAAUGGCCCAUUUUGUUGCAGUGUUUAAUGCUUCAGUUGAAACACCCAUAAAACCUGAAUGUUUUAAACAUUUACAGGUAAUUUCCAGGCUGGUGCUUCUAUUCUGUAUUAUAGUCUGAAUAAAUGUAGAUCAAGUAGAAUAGACCAAAUGAUGUCCUUCUCUGUCAUAUAUUAUAUCAAAGUCUGAUUCUUCUGAAUGUUCAGCCUUGCAUUACAAUUAUAUCUCAUUGUCUCUAUUAAAUGCUCCAUUAUCUUGACUUUAAAACUUAAUUAAUCAGAUGGCUGAUUCUACAAAUCACACUUAGUCAUGGAUUUCUAACCAUUUUAAUAGAUAAAAAUGAUAACAAGUAUGUAUCUGGCCUGCUUAUUUUAUACAGAAAAGCUAUUUUGUGAAAUUUAACAAUUAAUAUGUUUCCAGACAUAAAGCAAUAAAAAUGUUUUUAAAAUGAGAACUUAAAUAUAGAAAAUGCUGUUUAAUACUACGGUCAGCAUUUAGAAUUUAAAAAUUGGUUACCAAUUCGGUGUUUAUCUUCAGUCCUUCCUAUCUUUCUCCUGGAUAGCCUAUACUCAUGUUGGUUAAACUGUCUCAAUCAAAUAUUUGGAAAUGCCUUCUAUUAUUUAGUGUGUCCAAUGAAUAGGAGUCAGAAAUAGUUGUAUUAAACAAACACAUUAUUCUCCUGGUGUUUAUCAAUAGUAUAGAUCUUGGAAUACUCAAACACUGAAUGUGAAAUAUUUAAAUUCACCUUGAAUUGUGCCAACCAUCAGACUUUAUGGCUUUUCUGUUGAAACAACUCAAUAUACGUAUUUUUGCCUUUGCUAAUCUAAUUGUUGUGAACACAGAUCAGAGUGAUCCAUAGAUGAGACUAUAGAAAGAUAUUCAGAUUUUCAAUGUAAGGUUUAUUGAACACAUCAGUAGAUCUAAGAUGGUGUGCCCAUCCCAAAUAUCAGAACCAGAACCAGGUUAAUAUAUUGUGAUACGCUCUUCUGAAUAUAUCAGUCCACUGAACAUAUACAGUAGGUCCACUGAAGAAUUACAGCUAUCUCACUUUUUCUGUUAUUUAGUGACCAAAACUGCUGGAAAUGCUAACUUAUAAUUGUUGUCCCUAAUUCUGUUAAGCAAGAUCAACAGAGCUCUUGCUCCCUGCAGAGAGGAGUAAGAAAGGGCAAAAAUGGGUCACUUAGGUCAGGCAUGGGGAACCUAAUACUGUAGAGAAUUUAGGGCAUAGAAAUUGAAGCAAGAAGUUAAAAGGAAAACAAUACUGAAGGCAUGAAAAACUAAUGGCAAAUAAAUGUAAAGAAAAUCCAAAGGUUUUUACAGAGGGCAACUGAAAGAUGUAUAAGGCCUCCUCAGGACCAAAAAGGUAACUGGUAUGUGGAGGUGAAAGUAGAAGACAUGAAAAAGGUACUUAAUGAACAUGGUUCAACUCACAAAAGAAGAGGAUGAUGCUGUACUUAAGAAGGAUAGCUAUGAAAUAUAGGAUGGCAUAAACAAAGGGAGAGCAGAUUUAUCAAGUGGUUUAGCAAUAUUGAAGGUAAAAGCCAAACUGAAAAGUAACCCAUGCAAAGUUCAAAGUAAAUUUAUUAUCAAAGUACAUAUAUGCCACCAUAUACUACCCUGAGAUUCUUUUUCUUGCGGGCAUUCAGAGUAAAUACAAAGAAACGUAAUAGAAUCAAUGAGAAACCACACAAGACAGAGAUGGACAAACAACCAAUUUGGAAAAGACAACAAACUGUGCAAAUACUAAAAAAGAAAAAAAUAUAUAUAAAAUAAAUAAAUAAAUAAGCAAUAAAUAUUGAGAACACGAGUUGUAGAGUCUUUAAAAGUGAGUCCAUAGGUUGUGGAAUGAUCUCAGUGUUGG